AUUUUCUUAUCUUUUUCAAGGACCUUUUUUUUUCUGUUAAGACAGAGGUAAAUUUCCUAAAAGAAAUUAUCAAAACUUUAAGCUGUUUCUUUUGAAUUGCAGGACAGAAGGAUCCUCAGACCACCAAGAAGUGGAUGCCUUCUGGAAAGAAAAACAGUUGCUGUCAAGAACUGCAGUAUCCAGAGGCUUCAAGUGACACUGAUGAUUCUGUCUUUGUAGAAUCUGACUACCAAAAAGGGGGAGUAAAAGACCUGAAAGAGAGUCAGAAGUGCCUAAAACUCCCACCUCCACAAAAUCUGAGAAAGUCAAUCUCCAGAGGCAGUCCAGACUUGCAACCCAGAAGGAGAGAAAGGAGCUGUGAAAAAAGUACAGAAAAUAAAGUACCAACUGUGGCAUUACAACAAAGUACAGAGAUAGAAUCAGAUAGCUCGGAUGGUGAAUUUGAAUCAUUAAUAGAACAGAUAAGGAAAGGAAGUAUACCUCAAAACCCUAUCUUAAGCACAAAUAAAACUGUCCACCAACCAAGUACAAGAGAAAAUAACAAGUCACCCUGUGAAGAUGGCCAGCCUUUGAAAGGGAAGGGAGUCAAGACACCAAGACCAAAUUCUAUUUCACUUCAAGAAACACCUUCCAGGAUAAUGGCUUCUGCAGGAACUCCUAGGAACAAAUUGGUCGGUUGCUCGCAGUCAGCAAAGACAGAGAAAAGGCUCAGGGUGUGCUCAGUGCCUGGCUGUUUCUUGCAAGAUCUCUCAAAUCCAGGUUCCCACUAUGUGAGGUAUUUUAAGAAAAAUAAAGAGGAGCUGGCAUGGAAACUCUACUGUCUGUAUAAUAGCACCAUCUUUGACCAGAAGUUACCAGACAAAAUGGAAAUAAUCUGGAAUAAGAAAAUGAGAAAAACAGCAGGAUAUUGUGUAACUGGGCAGACAGAAGGUCCUGAAGCAAAGCGUUACGCUCGCAUAGAACUUUCUGAGAAAGUCUGUGACUCUGCAGAUCGUCUUCGAGACACGCUAGUUCAUGAAGCUUGCCAUGCGGCCACCUGGCUGAUCAAUGGUGUUCGCGAUGGACAUGGACGAUUCUGGAGAUACUAUGCCAAUAAAUCAGCUGUGAUUCAUCCAGAACUACCGGUAGUAGCACGUUGCCACAGCUAUGAGAUUAAUUACAAAUUCAUCUAUGAGUGUGUUCUGUGCAAAGCUACGACUGGACGUCAUUCCAAGUCUGUGGACACAGAGCGCUUUGUGUGUGCAUUCUGUGGGGGGCAGCUGGUCCUGAGUCGGCCCACUUGGAAGGGUGGUACUCUUGCUAGGACACGUCUAAUGCCCUUUGCAAAGCAUGUGGAAGAAAACUACGGACUUACUAAGAGAGAGCAGCCUGGCCUGAGUCCUGCAAAAGUCAUGCAGGAACUCAGUGCUGAUUUUGCUUUAAAAACUAGGCUUCAAGAUUCCUCGUAAUAUCUCAAUACACUCCUUUUUUGAUGCUGUUUAAAUUUUGUGUGUAGUAGUAUAUAACAUUAAUCUAAGAAUGUGUUUUGGAAUAUUCCAGAUAAUAUUUUGGCAUUAAAUACUUCUAAUAAAGGAAACCUUAUAGAUUG